AUGGACCGAAUGACCGCCGGGGUCGUUGCCGUCCCCCUUGCCUCGCUGCCGCUUAAUGCCAAGGCGCUCCUGGAGGACUACCCCGAGGUGGCGGCAUGGCUCUCGAAGAACGGCCUGUCGCUCACCCUCACGAACAAAACGCUCAAUCGCGCGAAAAGAUGGGAAGAGAGGGAGCGACCCAUCCUCUUGAUGGGCAUUACCUGGUCCGUCUGCCGCUUCUCCCGAGUGAGCCACGCGCUCUGGGCAGCGACGGACAACAGCACAGUGCUCAUCGAGGAGGGCUCCUACUCCGAAGAUCUCGACUCCGCCUUCAGUUCCGCCGUGAGGAUUAUAGCCAACAAUGUCACUCUUCUCGCGCAGGGCCAAGUGGUGCUGCAGGGAAGCGGAGGUGACCAGUGGCUCGUGGUUGCUGCUCCUCUGUUCACCAUCGACGGCUCCCUAACUCUUGUCGACCGAGGGAUAUCGAUCAGCGAGGGCAGUACGCUGGUGCAAAAGGGUAGUCUCCACAUCUCGGUCACCGCUGCUCUCAGGUCAGGAAUCAAGGUGGACGCGGGGGCAACGUGGAUCCAGGAGGGCAGUGUCACCAUCACCUCGGGCAGCUUGGCUGAAGCGCAAAUCUCCUUGUCCAAUGGAAUCCACCUUGAGAGCACUGGGGAGUGGCAUCAGUACGGAGAGCUCACUCUGUUCUCCCACGGCUCCGAUCUGUCCACUGAAGAGCAUGCGAGACGUGUGUUCAACGCAGGAGUGUUGGCCUACGGAUUGUGGAAUCAGACUGGCCCAGCAACCCUCACAGUUGUCGGCGAGAUCGAUCGCCGCCCAGGCCACCACAAGGGCGUGUUUGGCGAAGGGGUGCGGUUAGUUGGUCAGGCCACAUGGAAUCAAUGGGGACCCCUCUCGAUCUCGGCAAUCAACGCCUCCACAGUGGUCUACGUGUCGUACAAUUCGCUAUGGCUGCAGUAUGACAGCGCAGUCAUGACCCUCGACUCUCCUAUUGGUGUGUUGACAUCUUCGGCCAGUGGGACCUCUCAGUGGGUUCAAAACGGAGCUCUGGACAUUACACUCUCCGGGUCCAAAGCCAUCGGUACAAGCUUGGCCCUUGCCGCCGAGACCUACCCUUUACCUCCACAAGCUCCGCACGUGCCUCACCAUCGGGCUCUCUCCGUAUAG